GUACGGCAGCUGACAUGUGACAAACACAGUGACUGACGGUGUGUUGACGGUCUGUGCUUGUGUCUGUUGACCGUUAAUGUCUGUGAACCACCGGCGGAGCGUCCCUCCUGUCUGACCCGGAGCUCCGGCACUGACUCCCGGGCACGCAGCGGUGAACCCGCGGGGCUGAGGUGGGAAGCGGAGCCGACACAUUGGACUUUUUCUCCGGGAGCGACCGAGUCCAUCCGGUGGGUGAACGUGGAACCGGCCACCGGAUUAGAACCGAUUCAUUGACCCGCCCCGAGGCAGCCGAAGUGGGGCCACAGCCUCCGGACCCGCCGCCGACUUAGCUCCGUUGCUAACAGCUGCACUGGAGUUUAAGGAGCAGCUUCAUGGAGCCCGGCCCGCCGCCGCCGGCCGCCUCUGAGGCAGCAUAACCGGUGAGAGCUCGGCCCUGACAGCUGCAGGAGCUCCGGGACAGGGCGGGGAGGGAGCCGCGGACAUGGAGGAGGACCAGGAGGUGCCCGCCGUCAGCAUGGACUAUCUGCUGGAGCAGGCGAUGCACAAGGACCUGGGCAGGAGGCUCCAGGUGGGGCCGGACCUCCUGGAGAUCAUCCUGGACCAGGAGAGGUGUCCCGAGCUGGAGCAGGACCAGAGCUCCCUGGACAGGAUGGUGGACUCCGUGGCCAGCUCCUGGGUCAACUCCAGCAACUUCAAGGUGGUUUUGUUGGGGAUGGACAUCCUGUCGGCUCUCGUCACUCGACUGCAGGAGAGAUUCAGGACUCAGGUUGGAACUGUUCUUCCGAGUCUCAUCGACCGACUCGGAGACUCCAAGGACCAAGUUCGAGACCAGGACCAAGCGCUGCUGCUGAAGAUCAUGGACCAGGCCGCCAACCCCCAGUACGUGUGGGAGCGGAUGAUGGGCGGCUUCAAACACAAGAACAACAGGACCAGAGAAGGACUUUGUCUGUGUCUCAUCUCAACACUAAGCGUGUAUGGAUCUCAGAGUCUGACGCUGAGUAAGAUAGUUCCUCACAUCUGUAACCUCCUCGGAGAUCCAACGGGCCAGGUGCGUGACGGCGCCAUGAGCUGCCUCAUCGAGAUCUACCGCCACGUUGGGGAGCGAGUGAGAAUGGACCUGGGAAAGAAAGGUCUGCCUCAGUCAAGGCUCAACGUCAUCUUCAGCAAGUUUGACGAAGUCCAGAGGUCGGGGGACAUGGUCCUGUCGCCUGUGUCGGACAAAAACUUUGAGGAAGAUGACUCGGUGGACGCCGGCCGCUCCUCGUCCUCGUCCAAAGGAGCGUCGCAGUCUGGGAAGAAGACGGUGAGCAUGGGGUCAUUCCGACGCCCGCCAUCCGCCUCCAGCGCCAAGUCUGCAGGGAGGGACGCCUCUGCAGCCGGAGCCGUGGACGAGGACUACAUCAUCCAGGCCUUCGAAGAUGUUCCCACGGUGCAGAUCUACUCCAACAGGGAGGUGGACGAGGCCAUGACGAAGAUUCGAGACGUGCUGUCAGACGACAAGAAGGACUGGGAGCUCAGAGUGGCGGCGCUGAAGAAGGUGCGCUCGCUGCUCCUCGCCGGCGCUCCAGAGUUUGACGGGUUCCUGCAGCAGCUGCGUCUCACGGAGGCGGCGUUCAAGCUGUCCGCCAAGGACCUCCGCUCCCAGGUGGUGAGAGAGGCCUGCAUCACACUGGGUCACCUGUCGCUGGUGCUCGGCAGCCGAUUCGACCACGCUGCAGAGGCCGUGAUGCCCAUUCUCCUCAACCUGGUCCCCAACAGUGCCAAGAUCAUGGCCACCUCCGGCAUAGCCGCCGUCCGCCUCAUCCUCAGACACACUCAUUACCCACGACUCAUCCCCAUCAUCACCAGCAACUGUCUCUCCAAAUCUGUGGCGAUCCGAAGACGCUGCUUCGAGUUCCUGGACCUGCUGCUGCAGGAGUGGCACACGAGCUCCUUGGAGAGACAUGGAACCGUUCUGAUGGAGACGUUAAAGAAAGGGAUCCACGAUGCCGACGCCGAGGCUCGCUCUGGGGCUAGAAAGUGUUACUGGUCGUUCCACGGUCACUUCAGCCGGGAGGCGGAGCAGCUCUUCCAGGGCCUGGAGUCGUCCUAUCAGAAAGCUCUGCAGGCUCACCUGAGGAGCGGAGACAGCCCCAUGUCGCAGCCCGCCUCCGACCGCUCCUCCUCCUCCUCUCAGGAGAGCCUCAAUCGACCUCUGCCUGUAAAAAGCAGCGUUGGAAGCAGCACAAAUAGAUCCAAACCGUCCCACUCCUCCAGGACGCCGGCCGCAGCUGCCUCUCCCGGACUGCAACGCUCUCGCAGCGACGUGGACGUCAACGCCGCCGCCAGCGCUACGGCUCGCACCAGGAUGACCGCAGUACCGUCGUCCUCUUCUCCCUUCAGCUCGGCCUCGGCCCUCCCCCCCGGGUCCUACGCUUCUCUGGGUCGAGUUCGAACCCGCAGGACGAGUUCAGGAAACGGUCCGUCUGUGACAGACAGCCGCGGGCGGAGCCGAGGGAAGGUCGUCUCACAGUCCCAGCCCGGCAGUCGCUCAGGUUCCCCGGGUCGACUCCUGAGCUCCGGCUACGGCAGAAUCCCGAGACCGGCGAUGGGCUCGGCCGCCGCCAACAGCACCUCCGGCAGUCUGACCGACAAGAGUCGCCCCCGAGGUCACCGCAGCCAGGGCUGCAGCCGAGAGACCAGCCCCACCAGAUCAGCCAUGGCCCGGAGUCGAAUCCCCCGACCGAGCAUGAGUCAGGGCUGCAGCCGCGAAACCAGUCGCGAGAGCAGCCGCGACACCAGCCCCGCCCGGGGUUUCUCCCCCCUGGCGACUCGCCGUCACUCCCGCUCGACCAGCGCUCUGUCCUCGGCAGAGUGCUACUCAGACCGCCUGUCCCAUCAGGCUCGGAUCUCGGCCUCGGUCGACGCCAUGAGAAUCCUCAACACCGGCACCGAGGUGGAGGCGGCGGUUGCAGACGCGCUGCUCUUAGGCGACUCCAGGAGUAAGCGGAGGCCGGUGCGGCGGCGCUUCGAGUCGCCGGGCAUGUACUCGGACGACGACGCCAACAGCGACGCCUCCAGCGCCUGCUCGGAGCGCUCGUACAGCUCGCGCAACGGCGGCGUGGGGCCGCACUACCUGCGUCAGACGGAGGACGUGGCGGAGGUGCUGAACCACUGCGCCAGCGCCAACUGGUCGGAGAGGAAGGAGGGGCUGCUGGGACUGCAGAACCUCCUCAAGAGCCAGAGGAUGCUCAGCCGCGUGGAGCUGAAGAGACUCUGUGAGAUCUUCACCAGGAUGUUUGCAGACCCUCACAGUAAGAGAGUCUUCAGCAUGUUCCUGGAGACGCUGGUGGACUUCAUCGUGCUGCACAGGGACGACCUGCAGGACUGGCUCUUCGUCCUGCUCACCCAGCUGCUGAAGAAGAUGGGCGCCGACCUCCUGGGCUCCGUCCAGGCCAAAGUCCAGAAGGCUCUGGACAUCACCAGAGAGUCGUUCCCGUACGAGCAGCAGUUCAACAUCCUGAUGCGUUUCAUCGUGGAUCAGACGCAGACGCCCAACCUGAAAGUGAAGGUGGCCAUCCUGCGCUACAUCGAGGCUCUGGCUCGCCAGAUGGACCCGUCCGACUUCGUCAACUCCAGCGAGACGCGCCUCGCCGUCUCACGCAUCAUCACCUGGACCACCGAGCCCAAGAGCUCCGACGUCCGCAAGACCCUUCACAACUGGGCAGGGGAGGAGUUCUCAGGCCGACCCAGCACGGUGGCCUCUCUGCCUGGGGAGGGUAACCUGGAGGAGAGGUGCAAGCAGGCGGCCCAGGUUGUGUUGAUCGCUCUGUUUGAGUUGAACACUCCUGAGUUCACGAUGCUGCUCGGAGCUCUGCCCAAAACCUUCCAGGACGGGACGACCAAGCUGCUGCACAACCACCUGAGGAACGCCAGCGCCCACAGCGGCAUCGUCAUGGCGUCUCCCAGUAACUCGAUGGGCCGGCCUCCUCCUCGUCAGCCCGGCAGCCGCAGCAGUCCCCUGACCUCGCCCACCAACUGCUCCCACGGAGGACUCUCCCCCAGCAUGCUGGAGUACGACAGCGAGAACCUGAACUCGGAGGAGAUCUACAGUUCCCUGCGCGGCGUCACCGAGGCCAUUCAGAACUUCAGCUUCCGCAGCCAAGAGGACCUGAUGGAGCCGCUGAGGCGCGACGGCAAGAGGGACGGCACGUCCGGAUUCGGGGCGUCCUCGGACUCCGACCCCCGGCUCGGUGGCGACCCGGUGGAGGGCGGACGCACGGCUCUGGACAACAAGACGUCCGUGCUGAACACGCCUUCGCCUCGAUCCUUUGCCGGCCCGCGUUUCCGUGACUACAAUCCGUACAACUACACGGACGGCAUCAGCACGCUGGACAAAGCCGCCCUGAAGGAGGCGCUGUACGAGGACGCCGUGGAGCAGCUGAGAGACGGCCGUCGACAAGAAUGUGUGGAAAACAAGAUCCAGAACCCGAAACCCUUCCCUGCGGGACCGGCCGAGCAGCUGGAGCUGGUGGGCGAGCUGCUGAAGGAGCUGUCCCAGGGCCAGGCCGGCGAGCGGGGCCCCGAGGAGCGCCGGCACACGCUGCUGGAGCUGCUGAAGGUCGCCCGAGAGGACAGCCUGGUGGUGUGGGACGAGCACUUCAAGACCAUGCUGCUGCUGCUGCUGGAGACGCUCGGAGACAAAGACCACACCAUCCGAGCCCUGGCGCUCAGAGUCCUGAAGGAGAUCCUGAGGAACCAGGCCCCUCGCUUCAAGAACUACGCCGAGCUCACCAUCAUGAAGACGCUGGAGGCUCACAAAGACUCGCACAAGGAGGUGGUGCGGGCGGCGGAGGAGGCAGCGUCCACGCUGGCGGGGUCCAUCCCCCCGGAGCAGUGCAUCAAGGUCCUGUGUCCCAUCGUGCAGACGGCGGAUUAUCCCAUCAACCUGGCCGCCAUCAAGAUGCAGACCAGGGCCAUUGAACGCAUCACCAAGGAGCCGCUGCACCAGCUGCUGCCGGACAUCAUACCUGGACUCCUGCAGGGCUACGACAACACGGAGAGCAGCGUGAGGAAGGCCAGCGUCUUCUGCCUGGUGUCCAUCUACUCUGUGAUCGGCGAGGAGCUGAAGCCGUACCUGGCUCAGCUGACCGGCAGCAAGAUGAAGCUCCUGAACCUCUACAUCAAACGAGCCCAGACGACCACCAGCAACAGCAGCAGCUCCUCCGACAUCUCGUCCUACUGAUGCUUCCCCAGCUGAUCCCACUUCCUGGUCCUUCAGCAGCUUCUCUCCAGGACCAGGAACCCGAACCUCCUCUUCUCUCCAUCAGCUGCUGAUAGAGGUCGAGGUCGUGACGAGGAGCUGCUGUCGUCACGGCUCCGGCUUCUGGAACGUCUUCCCACCGUUUGGAUCCUUUUCAGGAUGAUUAUGUUUCUGAACGAACCUCCACGCCACCGUUAGUCCUGAGCCUUAAGACUCGUCAUCCUCACGUCACAUCACAGUGACUCUAUGAACCCAGUUUCCCUCCGUCGAGCGGACCUGACGUUGUCUCGCCUCCGUCAGGUGAGUUAAAAGAGGAGGAAGAAGAGAAAGAAUCAGUAUUUUUAUUCCUUUUACAACCUUUUAAUCCAUUUCUUUGCUUUGACACAUCAAACCUUAUAAUCGUAUAUUGAAUGUAAAGAGCUUGGAAUGAGUCUGUGUGUCUCCUCCCUCCACCGCUGCCUCGUUCUCACCGCUGGAUCAAACCCGAAGCAAUUUUUUAUGAUGAAUUUGUGAAGAAAGUGGCACAAAAGUCUUUAAAAGGCAGAAAUCAAGGGUCCACCUGAAGAUUAACGAAGAGCUUUUAUUUUGAAAUGUGGCCGACUGAGAUGUGAGAUCCACGUUUGUAUGAACUGAUCAUUUGGCGGGCCAAUGAUUUAAAAAGAAUAAUCACGUUUCAUUAGUUUGGGCCAAAAACCAGCAGAAAUAUCAGUGUUAUUAGUUUUUACUCUAGAAACUAAACUUGUGAAGGAAAGAACAACGUUAUUACGUCUGUGGAAACUUAUCAGCUUUUACUUUUUAUUUAGAAUAAUCAAUGAUAGAUUAGUGAAUCUGUAAAAUGUUUAAUUUCUCAUCUGGAUUGAAAAAUGUAAAAUUAAAACUGAUAAACUCUUCAAAUGAUAUUAUAAAUUAUAUAAUAUCUGAAUAAAACUGGGUUGAACUUUAAAUUCAAUGCAGAAAAUUGACUUCUCUCUGAAGUCUUUAUCUUUAUAUUUUUAUUUGUAAUUUAAAUAAUAAUUUGUCAUUUUUCUGAAACAAUUCAGACCUGGAAAAAAAAGGAUUUUCUUUUUCCAUUUUUCAAUCCACUUGUAGAAAAUUUAGAAAAACAAGACGACCAAAUCAAAGUAAAUUGAUUUAAUUAGAUUAAUAUAUUGUUUAGAAAAUUCAAGUGAUAAAUGAACCUAAGAAGUGAAGUGACUCUGAAUCUAAAUAUCAACUGGGACUUUAUUAUUUAAUUGAAUUAGUCUGCUGUCGAGUGGAGACUUCUGUCGUCAGAGUUUCGUUCCAAAAUACUUUAAUAUAUAUAAUUUAUACGUAGUUCUCGAGUCUCAUCAGCAUUUCGAUGAAUGAACCUGUUGUUGUUUGACUUCAAACAGACGAGUUGUUUCCUCCUGAACCGAAUGUUCGGUCACUUUAAGACUUUGACCUCUGAAAUGUGAAAAACCUGAAUCUGACAGAACGAAGGUUGAUCUGAAUAUUGAGACUGAACGAAAGAGAAGAACGAUUAUCGAGCAAUAAACUGUAAGAAAUCCAGCUCAGAUGUCGGCUGAUGUUGUUUCUGUCGCUGGUCAAUGUCCACAAGUGUCAUUAUUUCUUUUUAAAGUGUCACAUGUGAUGAAAUCCGAUGUUACUGCUGCUUCUGAAAACACUAAUGAACCUGUGCGGAAAGGUCAAAGGUCACAGGGACCAACUCACCAGCUGACACACACUCACACACUCACACGUUCAGUUUUCCUGCCGAGAAUCAGGUGAAUCUCUGGAGUGAAGCUCCAGCUGCAGACAGAUGUUCUAUCUCCAUUCUUUAGCUCCUCUGUUUGAUUCCAAAUCUAUUUUCUAUUUGUAUUUGUUUACUUUGUAGCAGCUGUUUGAAAGUUGUGUUGAAAUUAGUUUGUGCCCUCGAGGUAUCAAAUCAUUCCAUUAGUUCCACUCUAAUCCAGAUGUUUCCAGUGGCGCAGCUUCUGGUGUGGGAUCAACAUCUGGUCUGAUUCUCGGCCAGAAAGCGAAUAAUAAUAAUAAUAAUAAUAAUAAUGAAACUGUGAGUGUGGGAGGCGACGGAAGCUGUGACUGAAUAUCUCCAGGACUUCCUGCGUCUCUUCUAACACGUUAACGCUCUUUGUCUUCGCAUCACGACUGUUGAACGUUCUGCACCGGUGCCCGGCGCCGCCUCUCGGCCCGGCGCCGCCUCUCGGCCCGGAGGCGUCCGCGUCACAAACACUUUCCCUUUACUCUGGAUUGUACAGAGACGUCAAACUGAACGUGUAACGUGCGUCUGCAUGCGUCCGUCACAGGAAGCGAUGGAUGUUUCCUCCUGUGCUUCUGUCCUAGAUUCUCCUGAAUGUGGCCUUUGGCUCCAGAUCAGUUCUGGCAAUAUACCGGUUUGUUUUUCCUGUUUAAUACUAACCUGACCUAACCCUUAACUAACCUACACUAACCUACACUAACCUGACAUAACCUGAACUCACCUGAACUCACCGCUUCUCACUAAAGUGUCACUGAGGCCACGGAGCAGUGCUGUAAAUACGCUGACAUGUUUUCCAUGGAAACCACUCACCCUGCAUGUUAUUAGUUUAAUUUCAUCUAUAAGAUAUUUAUAUAUAUUCAGUUUAUUUCCCUGUGUAUGAAUGUACAUAUUUACAUGUUGGGUUCUCUCUCCUGUGACUUUGCAGAACUUGAAAUAAACAAAUGUCAGACUUCUA